AUGCUUUCUUGUAAACGCUUCUAUGAAAUUUGCAAGACGUACAGAUACCAAGACAUUCAUGUCCCUGGAGCAGGUUCAUUCACUUUCUAUCAAGGUGCUCCCAAUCAUUUCUAUCUCACCUUACCAAACCCUGAGAGAAAUGUUUCCAUGUACAAAAUUCCAACAAGAAAGCCUUGGUCUGCCAAUGACACAGACGUCUUGACCACAUGGUACAAGAUUCGUGUGGAUCCUGCGACCUUAAAUGUUCAUACUGGAGAUUUUAGAUUUGCCAAGUCUGUUGGGCGUUGCUCUCAUCAUUCGGUCAAUCAAACACAAAUCCCGUAUGCAUCAUGCUUUGGAUGUGAAGCCCCUGGUGUUGCUGAUGCUAAUGCAAUGUGCGAUUGCUUUUGA